UGGUCCGGACGUGCCGCAGCCGACAGAGCCAGUGCGUCGUGUUCGCUCCGCCGUCUCCGUCCGUUCGCGUUUUUACCUCGCCUCGCCGCUACGCGUAUUUUAGGCACCGGGCACCUGUCGUUGUUGUUGUUAUUAUUAUUAUCGUCAUCGACAUCGCCGCGUAUCCCCAAAGUCUGUCGGGCCGUCGUCGACAUCAAUUCGACUCGUUGUGCGUUUAUAUAAUUUUUUUUUUUUUUGAUACAAUCGUUUUUCGAUCGGAGUUCGCCGCGAGUAUUCGAAUCGUUCCGAUUUAGCAAACCCGUCCGCUACCGCUGAACGACGGCCGGUCCCGUUCGCGGGUUGUCGGUUUUAAACGUGCCCGGUGGGAAGGAAGAACAAAAGCGACAUUGUUCUCCGUCGAAAUCCGAUUUUUUUCGCCGAGACGCCGCGUGUGCGGUUCGCCGUGUGUAUAGCCGUAAUAUAAUACGAUUUAUUAUAGUGACGUCCGUAUACCUAGGUCUUAGAAAAAUAAGAAAUUAAAGAUUUAACUGCCCCAGGCCAAAGGUUUUUACCUCGAGAACGGUCGCCUUCGCUCGGACAUGUCCUGCCGGACAACGUGAUCAUCGGUUAUCCUGGGCCGUGCGCCCGCAACAUUAUAGCUGCCACCACCGCUACUACCACAAAACGCCGCUGACGCAUAGAGACGUUGAUGGAUUGAUUAAGAUCUCGAUGGAGUGUGAUGAUAGGUCAUCAGUCUAAAGUCGAUAAUGCAGAGUUUACAUCGGAUAACGGUUAUUUGCUACUGACGAGAAAAGUCUUAACGCAAGUAUGGGUGCGUUGAUAUGGUUGUUGGUGAGCACAGCGAUCUUCGCCGAUUGGGCGAUGACCACAGUACCUGGUGUGGUGCGGUUUGCAGUCAUAGCACCAUUGAAUGCAUCCAAGAAUGAAGAGACGUUGGGCGCCAUUUUGCCAUCUGUUAAAUUGGCUGCACAAGCAAUCGCUCAGCCUAAAGGAUCGUUGCCAGGAUGGACGAUAAAUAUCGAACACAGGAAUGGAAAUUGUUCAUCUACAGAAGGUCCACUGGCAGCAUUUGAAGUACACACUUUUAGCGAUCUGUUCCUGGGACCGGUGUGCGACUACGUGAUCGCUCCCGUGUCGCGGUACGCGGGAGUGUGGAAGAUACCGGUGCUGACGGCGGGCGCGCUGGCCGAGAACUUCGACAACCGUUCCGAGUACCCGACGCUGACCAGGAUGAUGGGCUCGUACAAGCUGGUCGGCGAGGCGCUCCGGCACAUACUUCACGUGUUCGGCUGGAACGUGGCUGGUCUGAUGUUCUACAAUCACGGGCUCAACUCGCUGAUGGGCAACUCCAAGUGCUAUUUCACGCUGUCGGCCGUGUUCAUCGCGCUGGGUAUGAAGCCCGUGCACAAGAGCUUUAACGACACCGACAACAGAGACUCGUUCAAAAAGUUGCUCACCGAGUUGUCGCACAGCGCACGAAUUAUGGUGGUGUGUGCCAAUCCGUUAACAGUCAGGGAAAUACUGUUGGCCGCUGAAGAACUCAACAUGAUUGAUAGUGGAGAAUACGUAUUUUUCAACAUUGAGCUAUUCAGCAGUCUGAACAACGGAUCCUUAACACCAUGGUACGUGGGCAACGACACAGCGGAGCGGAACGAACGGGCAAAAAAGGCGUACAGCGCACUGCUUACGGUGACGGCACGUACGCCCAACAACGAGGCGUAUCGCAACUUUUCCGUCGAGGUAAAACGCGUGGCCGAAGAGAAAUAUAACUUCACAUUUGGCAACGAAUCCGUGUCCACGUUCGUGACAGCGUUCUACGAUGCGGUGUUGCUGUAUGGGCUGGCGCUUAACGAGACACUGGCGAGGGGCGGCAAUCAGUCCGACGGGACGGCCAUCGUCAAAGCCAUGUGGAACAGGACGUUUACGGGGAUCACCGGCGACGUCAAUAUCGACGCGAACGGCGACCGGAUCGCCGACUAUUCACUGCUCGACAUGGACCCAACGACACACGAAUUCAAGAUAGUGGCAAACUAUAUUGGAAAAAAUCAAUCGUUAGAAUACGUGCCGGGCAUGAGCAUCCAUUGGGCCGGUGGCAGAACAAGCCCACCACCGGAUAUACCGAGCUGUGGAUUUGACAAUUCUCUUUGCAAAACAAUGCCUGGUUAUGCAAUACUCAGUAUAGUCCUUAGUUCAGUUGUAGUGAUCCUCGCAAUAGCUUCAGCUCUUAUAUACAGACAUUAUAAGCUUGAAGCUGAAAUCGCAUCCAUGACGUGGAAAGUCAAUUGCAACGACAUCAUACGAGUGCCGCAGGAAAAAUGGAGAAUGAGCAUGACAAGUCUCAUUAGAAGAAACAGCCAAAGGACCGUCAUAUCAGAUGACCUCAUGAGUCUCAUGAGUCAAUGUGACUAUGGACGCCAAAUAUUCAUUCAAACGGCAUUUUACAAGGGUAAUAAGGUUGCACUAAAAACGUUAAAGAGAUCGCGCUUGGAGUUGACACGUCCUCGCCUGCUGGAAUUGAAAAGGUUGAAAGAUUUGCAUCAUGACCAUUUAGUUCGGUUCUAUGGAGCGUGCAUAGAACCCAAUUACUGUUGGCUAUUGACCGAGUAUUGUCCCAAAGGAAGUUUACAGGACAUUCUUGAAAAUGACCAAUUUAAACUGGAUUGGAUGUUCCGGUACAGUCUGAUGCAUGAUAUUGUUAAAGGAAUGUGCUAUUUACAUAGUAGCGAACUUCGCUCUCACGGCGGUCUCAAAUCUAGCAAUUGUGUGGUUGAUAGCAGAUUUGUUCUGAAAAUUGCCGACUUUGGUCUUAGAAGUCUUCGAAAUAGUCAUACAAAUGAAUCAAAUAGCGACAGUGAUUCUUACGCUUACUGGAAAGGAUUCUUGUGGACCGCACCGGAACUUUUGCGGAUCAGACAUCCACCUCCGGAAGGUACGCCAAAAGGUGACGUAUAUUCGUUCGCCAUUAUUGUCCACGAGAUCGUCACUAGACAGGGUCCGUUCUACCUCGGAAACAACGAAUCGCUGUCACCCAAAGAAAUCGUAGACAGUGUGAAGAGCAAAGAAAAAUGUCUAAGGCCAAGUGUAGCGGAUUUAAGCUGUGACGAGGAAGUAGGUGUGUUAAUGAAACGAUGUUGGACGGAAGACCCUGCUGACCGGCCUGAUUUUACUACACUCAAAGCAGUCAUACGGAAAUUAAACAAGGACUACGAAAGUAACAAUAUUCUUGACAACUUGUUAUCUCGUAUGGAACAGUAUGCCAACAAUUUAGAAGCAUUGGUCGAAGAAAGAACUGCAGACUAUUUGGAAGAAAAAAGAAAAUGUGAAGAACUACUGUAUCAAUUGCUUCCUAAGUCCGUUGCUAGUCAGUUGAUUUUGGGGCAAUCUGUGGUAGCUGAAACUUAUGACAACGUGACAAUCUACUUCAGUGACAUCGUUGGUUUCACAUCUCUGAGCGCCGAAAGUACUCCACUUCAAGUAGUAGAUCUGCUCAACGAUCUUUACACAUGUUUCGAUUCUAUAAUAGAGAACUUUGACGUGUAUAAGGUGGAAACCAUCGGUGAUGCUUAUAUGGUUGUGUCUGGACUUCCGGUACGCAACGGAAACUUACACGCCCGUGAAAUAGCUCGAAUGUCACUCGCUCUACGAUCAGCCGUUCACAGUUUCACCAUCAAACACAGACCAGACGAUCAACUUAAGUUACGUAUCGGCAUGCACACUGGACCUUGUGUAACCGGAGUGGUCGGACUUAAAAUGCCAAGAUACUGUUUAUUUGGAGACACGGUCAACACAGCCUCGAGAAUGGAAUCCAACGGACAAGCGCUGAAAAUCCACGUGAGUCCGCAAACAAAAGAAGUGCUUGACACGUUUGGCACGUUCGACUUGGAACUCAGAGGCGAAAUCGAGAUGAAGGGCAAAGGAAAAGUGACGACGUACUGGUUGUUGGGCGAGAAAACUCCUACCGCCGAAAUGGCUCCUGCGCUUCCGGUAAAACCGAUCGGAUCGUUUUCUAAAUUACACGCAACAAACAGCGUCGGGUCAUCGUCCACCAAGUCCGUGGCCAACAGCAUAGCCAACCACAACAAUAUCAGCGCGUCCACGCCGCUUUUACAAGGCGACAACGGCUAAGAAGAUUCAUACAAUUUAGUAUUUUUUUAAAAAUUUUUUUUUAUAUACAUACAUAAAAAUAAUUAUAUUAUUAUAGUCACUCAGGAAAAAAACCAAAUAAAAAAAAAAACCAUCACCCCUCCACUUCAAACUCUCUACACCACUCCCGACCUACGCGCGUUUAUUCAAAUGGUAUUAUGUAUGCAAUACGCAUUUUCGUGUUUAUAGUACUGUAUAUAUAUUUAUGUAUCGUCUGCUGCAGUCUAGAACUUUCCUUCUCGAUUGCAAACCUCUCGCCGCUUAUCGUCACCCUUCCGCACUCACCCAUAGUCGCGAUUUUUGUCACAGACACGUAAUAAGUACAUACGUAAGCGCGCUGCAGACUAUGUAAUAUAAUAAUAAUAUCGUAACAAUCAUAUCGUCUGCGGCGAAAGUCAUCUUCGGUGGCAGACUGUCUAAUAUAUAUAUAUAUAUAUAUUUAAGUCGCGGAUAAACUAAAAUCGAUGAUAAAAGCAUUUCGCCAUUGUCGCGUAUUAGGUUACGAUAGGUACCACCUACUCUGCAGUCAAAAGUCAAACUCACUCGUCUCUCACGACAAUGUGUAAGUAAUGUAUAUAAAUGGACCAAAACGAUGACUGCCGGUGAUCUCCUUGCACGACAGCCGUCCAUACGAAAUAUCGUCGCCAACUGAAAUGUCAUAAAAUACGCUGCUAAAUAAAAUGUAUUAUUACGAUCGUUCCGCAGAGAUAUGAUUGUUGUACAACGCACGUGAUCAGUCCGAUCAUACGAUAAUAUUAUUAAGCAGCUGCGACAGUAUAAUGUAAUAUAUUGGCAUAAAAUGCUUUAUAUUUACAUCAAAAUAACGCAAUUGUGGCGGCCGAGGUGACGAUGGCGGAGGACGAUUGAUUUGGGGGUCUGUGUGAACGUGUAUGGGGUGUAACAAGCGUGUAGGAACUCAGCCGGGGGGGGGGGGGGUGAUAAACGGCAUAUACCUGUGUAGUAUAGCCGUAUGCAAUUGUGGGUGUCCAACACGACACGACCGCGACUGAACAUCGAACGGCAACGUGGCUUAGCCAGAGGACGAUGACAACAAUAAAUAAUAUUAUUACAUCCGUCCCCCGUCCCCCGUCCCCCAUUAUAACUUUAAUCGACGGAUUCGUGCGUACUGCGAGAUGAAUAGUUCGCUGCUGCGGCUGUCAUCGGCAUUGCAGCUGAUGAUCAUCUAUUUUUAUAAUCCGUAAUAUCAUUAUGAUAUAAUUAUAUCACGUAAACCAGCCGAAGUUUUUCGCCGACCGCGCGCACAAGAGACCCGGUUACGAUAAUAAUAAUAAUGUGUGUAAAUUAUAGGUACUAUAUAUAUAAUAUAUAGUAUGAUAUUACCUAGGUAUACGGACGAGCGAUUAUGUAUUGCGUUUUUUAAAGUGCUGUAAAAAAUGGUCGUAGCGGUGUAUAAUGUCCGCGCGCUGCGAUGCAGGUGAUCGGAGAGAAGAAUGAGCUGCUGUAAUCGUGAUUGCGGUGCGAGCACAAUUUCUCGGUUAAUAUUUUAUCAUUAUCUGUCGUCGUCCGUUGUUAUAAUCCCAUUCGGAAUCGCAUAACUACACCUACCAAUGUAUUAUGGCCAUAACUAUAUAAUAUAUUAAUAUAUGCCGGCGACAAGCAACAGUGUAGGUAAGGUGUGAUACAUUUAGCACGUCGUGUCGUCGUGAUAUCAUAUGACCACUGCUGGAACGCGCGACAAUCAUAAUGAUCUUGUAAGGUCGACGGUAAUGGGGGAGAACUACCCCAUUCUGGGCGGCGUUGUAAUUACCACGGUUUAUGAUAUUGUAUAUAUAAUAUUAGAAUUAGAUGGAUGUACUACGCGAUCGGGCGAGAGGGAUUGUCCGACGACGGACUAUUCUGUUUUGUGACGAAAUAUUAUUACUAUUAUUAUUAUUAUUGUUGCUGUUAUUAUUACUACCUGUAUAGAUUUUAAUAUUUUCUCGUCGAGGCGUGCAAGAAUGCACACUUUUGUCGUACUUAAAAGUAAUUUAUAUUUCCGUCUUAUAAAACCAUAAUAUUAUAUUGUAAAUCGAGUAGAUUAGAUCUUUAAUAAUAUCAUGGGUGCCUCCAGUCUUCUAAUGCGUUCAGAUAUUAUACAACAGACUAGUGAUACACGAGUUCGAUAAUACCGUGUUUUCGCCUCAAAAGCCGUGCAAAAAAACUAGUUUAAAAGUCGAGUGUAGUUAAAAAAUGUUUCUCCCGAUAAAUUAUAUGAUUCAAUUACCUGUUAAUUGAAAAAUUUAUUUACAAAAAUAAGUCUAAAACACGACUAUGUUUAUAGUUGAUAGGUUAGACCUAACUACGCAUUUAUUUUAAUUAAAGAGUUAAUUAUUUCAGUAAAAUAAUAGAUAAUGUCGUUAAAAAUAUUGGCAAAAAAAUAAAUAGGUUUUAUAAAAAAUAAUAUCCAGUCUGGAAAUCGUCAGGUUUGCACUAAUAUACUCUUACAAAAGUAUUAAAAGAAAGUAUUAAAAUAAUAUUUUACAACACAUUUGUAUUUUUCAUCCAUUCUGUUCCUAUUGAGUAACAGCAACUCGAAUACAACAAAAAACUCAACUUAGUUCAUAUUAUUUUCCUGAAAUUGUAAGACCCGAACUAUACAGUUAUUAGAUUUUCAUAAUAUCUUAAUAUAACUGUUAACUAACGUUAUAUAUAUAUAUAAAAAAAAAAAGUGACAUGAAAAUUUAAAAAAAAAUUAACUCGUCCAGCUCACUAGUUUCCGCAAUGCUUUAUAAUUAUAAUAUUAUGAUAUAAUAAAUAGGUAUGAACUUAAUAAAUAAUAGAUAUUGCUUUAAGAUGACGUUUCCAGACGAAUCACCAUAAUAUCAUAAUAGUCUUAUCAUUUUUUAAAUUUAAUGAUAUAUAAACAUUGUCUAGAUCUUGCUGAUCGAACUAAAACAGAUAUUAUUAGGUACUGGUUAUUUUUCGUGUACUUCCAAUAAAACGCAAUAGGGACAACGGCGGUUAUCGGUACUUACCGAUUUACUGAUUUCCCUCCCGCGGAUCUUAAUUUCAUUUCAUUUCGAUCGCAUCGAUGUUAUUAUUGUUAUUAUUGUGUAGGUGUGUAAUUAUGGCGCUGUAUUGACAAUUGGAUUAAAAAAUAAUAAAAAAAAAAACCCGCAUAAAAGCGUAUUGUUAUUAUAAUAAUAUUACGCUUUUGAAAUUGUAUUUGUAAAACGGUUCGUCGUAGCGCGAAUAGGUGGUAAAUACUAAAUAAUAAAAACAACUGUGGCGGCGAGUUGAUUAUAAAAUAUAACUACUAAGUUAUUGCUGUUGAUUUGUCGAUGUAAUGUGUAGAUGUAGAUAGGUAUCUACUGGCUACUUGGUAUUUUUAAUACGUAUCCAUUCGUUCUAAUAAUAUUAGGGUCUCUUUAUCAAUCUGUCUCGUCCCUUCUCCCUCCUUCACCCCUUUUAUACAAUUUAUUUUAAUAAUUAAAUGUUUAAUAAUAUUAAUUAUAUAACUGACGUGAACCAUUUUUUUUAUAUAAAAUAUACUAUACUUAUUUUGUUUUAGAUAAUAAUUAAAUUUAAAAAUCAUUCAUACGUUUUAAGUAUGAUUCUAUACCUAGGUAUAUUAUAAUUUAUGUAUAAAGUUAAAUAUUAUAUUAUAUUAUUAUAAUAUCCUUUUACCUAUUCGUUUUCAACAAUGCGUAAACUGUGUAUAUUCGAUGUGAUUGCAUAAUAUAUUAUAUAAUAUUAUUAUUGAUAAUAAUAUAGGUUAGUUAUUAUAUUAUUUUAUUAUGUUGUGUAUUUUUUUUUUCUUAACGCUAACAAAACUGUUGUGGAUACUAAAAUAUAUUUUACAUAUUGUACAAUAAUAUCUACAUAAUGUCGAUUCAAUGGUAAACCAAUGACCUACUGCAUGCAGCUGCAGCAUGCGCUAGAAAUGUCUUUUAUCAUUGUUAUUUAUUUUCUCGACUAAAAACCGAGCGCGUCAUCGUUUGAGUGUCUCAAGUUGUUUUUAAAAUAAUUUAUUAGGGGGGUUAUACUUAUUAUAUCAGUCGUAUUAAUAAGUCCGAUAAAUACAGCCUAGCUAGGAAAUACAAAAUGAUAACAAUAUUAUAUAGAUUCCACGGAGUCUUAAGACAAUCAUCGACAAACAUUAAUAACAGUUUAAUAUAUUAUUAUAUGAUUUUAUAGCUAUACAAUUAUUAUUCUCGUUUUGUUACCGCUUUGUGUUGAUUAAAUAAUAGUCGUUAAUAUUAUUAUUUUAUUUUUUUUUAUAAAGUUUAAUAACUAUAUUAUGCGUUUACCUAAUAAAUUGUGUUUUAACUCAUUAAAAAAAAAAGGCGAAUAAAAGAAAAUUCGUGAUCUCAUUUUGUCCCCAACACUAUAUAAUAUAAAAUACC